GGAGUGGAACCUUUAUAUAGGUGAAACCACCAAAACCCACAACGAGCCGAGCGACUGCGUCUCCAACUAUAAAUUCGGCAGACCUUCGAUCAUCGCUCAAAACACUCAACGACCUCCUCCGUCACCUCAUCUGUCAAACCCUCUGUUAAACCCUCGUCGCCUUCAUCUGCUCUCAUCGAGUGCAGUGUGGGGAUUGUGUGCAUUCAUAUUAAGAGGGUUUUGAAGUGCAGUGGAGCUUUUUCUUGGGUACUAAAUUUGCCGAUUUAUCUGGUUAUUGGUACUGUGGGUUUGUUAUAAUAUAAUCAUCAUGCCUGUCCAAAGCAAGUUUUGCCUUAUUUCGUACUCCCAAGAAUUGGUAGAUGGUCAACCACUGUAUGCUUCUUCAAACUGCCUUCCUGUCAAGGCUUUGAACCGUGAACCAGCCGGACAUUCUUUCCAUGCUGUGGCUCUGAAGCUUCGUGGUUGUGUGGAGGAAAAUAAAGAAGUUGAAGAUGAGAAGGUGGUUAAUAACAAGGAACAGACUUCUAUACCAUCAUUUGAUUCGUACAGCAGCAAAGGUAAGAAGAAAUCUGGUGGCGAAGGCAAAGAACAAGAUCACUAUGCACUCUUAGGUUUGAGCCAUUUAAGAUACCUUGCCACUGAGGAGCAAAUAAGAAAAAGCUAUCGUGAGACUGCCCUGAAAUAUCAUCCUGACAAACAGGCUGCUCUUCUUCUCAAUGAGGUUACGGAAGCUGCAAAACAAACAAAGAAGGACGAGAUAGAGAGCCACUUCAAGUCCAUCCAAGAAGCGUACGAGGUGUUAAUUGAUCCUGUGAAGAGAAGAAUCUAUGACUCCACUGAUGAGUUUGAUGAUGAGAUACCCACUGAAUGUGCCCCACAGGACUUCUUCAGAGUUUUCAGUCCUGCUUUUAUGAGGAAUGGGCGGUGGUCGGUUAGCCAACCAAUCCCAUUUUUAGGUGAUGAGAGUACUCCACUGAAGGAAGUAGAUGAUUUCUAUGACUUCUGGUACACCUUUAAGAGUUGGAGAGAGUUUCCACAUGCUGAUGAGUUUGAUCUUGAGCAAGCGGAGUCUCGUGAUCAUAAGAGAUGGAUGGAGAGGCAGAAUUCAAAACUUUCAGAAAAGGCUAGGAAGGAGGAGUAUGCACGAAUUCGUACUCUUGUUGACAAUGCAUAUAAAAGAGACCCAAGAAUACAGAGGAGAAAGGAAGCAGAGAAAGCUGAGAAGCAGAGGAAAAGAGAGGCCAAAUAUCUGGCCAAGAAGUUACAGGAGGAGGAAGCAGCCAGGGCUGCAGAAGAGGAGAGUAAACGGAAAGAAGAGGAGGCCAAACGAGCUGCAGAAACAGCUUUACAGCAGAAGAAGCUGAAAGAGAAAGAGAAGAAACUCCUGCGCAAAGAAAAGGCUCGCCUUCGAACAGUUUCAGGGCCUGUUACUUCGAAGCGUUUGCUUAAUCUUUCUGAGGAUGAUGUGGAAAGUCUCUGUUCAUCUCUUGGUACCGAGCAGCUUAGGAGUAUCUGUGAGAAGAUGGAGGGCAAAGAGGGGGUGGAGAGAGCAGAGGUUCUUAGAGAUGCAUGUGGAUAUAAAAACGAUUUGGUGGAUAAGAAAGAAGAAGAGAAGAAAAUUCAACAACAGAAUGGUUCCGUGGAGACUAAAGGUACCGUUCAGUUAGGCAGCUAUGAGAAGAAGGAAGAGAAACCUUGGAGCAAAGAAGAAAUUGAGCUUUUGAGAAAAGGAGUGGUAAAAUUUCCAAAAGGAACCUCUCGGAGGUGGGAGGUUGUUUCUGAUUAUAUUGGUACUGGACGAUCUGUUGAAGAAAUUUUGAAGGCAACCAAAACAGUCCUCCUCCAGAAACCUGAUUCUAGCAAAGCUUUUGAUUCUUUUCUUGAAAAGAGGAAACCCUCACCAUCUAUUGCUUCUCCACUUACAACUAGGGUCGAAGUAGAAGGGGUACGGACUCCUCAGCCCACAGAAACACCUGCCGUGAAGACGGAUGAAUCGGGAGAGUCGUCAAGUGGAAGUGCAAAAGACCAAACUCCUAUAGAUCCGAUUGUUGAAAAUGGAUUCUCAUCAGGGUCCGAGCAAGAUGUAUGGUCUGCUGUACACGAAAGAGCCCUGGUUCAGGCUCUGAAAACCUUUCCAAAGGAUGCCACUCAGCGAUGGGAGCGAGUUGCUGCUGCUGUUCCGGGGAAGUCUGUGGUUCAAUGCAAGAAGAAGUUUGCGUUGAUGAAGGAAAGCUUUAGAAACAAGAAGAGUACUGCUUAAUUUGCCGCAGUUUUCUAAUAUUGCCUAAGAUUAGCAAGGUGCUUGAGAAGAUGGUUCCGAGCAUCUAUCUUACAUUUCUAAUUCUUUCUAGGUAAAGAUUCAGUUUCUGUGGAUUUUGGUAGAGCCAUACAGGUCUUUAGCUACUUUCGAAGAGCCAUUAUAUUUUGUAUCGUUUUUAAGAGCAUGUUUUUCGUUUCGGUGUAUCGGGGAUUCACUGCACUGAGAGAUCCGUGAAAGGUCAGCAGGUGCAUGGGAAUAGGAAGGGGAUAUUGAUUAAUGUUGGGUUUAAGUAUGAUGUUCUUGUAGUAGGGAUCCGGUUAAAUCUCAUAAGUAGGCGGGAUAUAUUCUAUUUGAUAAAAAAAAUUAUAUUUUACUUU